UGGCCAUCGACUUUAGUAAAGUAUCGAUAAUUGGAUGCUUAAAAGAAAAUGCGCACCAAAUCAAAAGGCAAGUUAGUAAUCUGAGCCAGCCAAUCAAAAACUUCUACACACGAGAAAAAGGUCGCCUCUCUCCGCCUCACACGACGGGCAAUCUCACUUCUUGCCGUCGCCCUAGAUCCCACCGGCAAUCGGCCAUGGCGACCGCAAACCCCGGAACGACGUCUCCCGCCGCGAAUCUUACCACCGGCUCCAUCGACUCGAAGCGUUUCGAUUUCUCAUCCGCUGAUUCGCCUCCUUCAAAGCUUUCUCUCUCGCCCGAUCAGCUCAGUUAUUGCCACAAAGCUCUCGGGAUUUUCAGGGAUAAGAUCCUAGAUCGUGACUCGAUCGCGCGGGAGUUUGCCAAUUUGCAGGCUAAUAGGUUGUGGCCCUCGGAGAUGCAGCUAAGGUGUACAGUGGCUAUGAACAGUGUCAAUUCUGAGAAAAACAGAUACACAGACGUUGUGCCAUUUGACAAGAAUAGGGUUCUUCUGAAUCCAUGCAAAGACUAUCGAUCACCUGCAAAGGGAUAUGUCAACGCAAGCUUCAUCAAGACGUCUUCGUCGUCUGAGAGUGUUUCUGAGUUCAUAGCUACACAAGGUCCUCUACCAAACACGAUGGAGGACUUCUGGGAGAUGGUGAUUCAGCAGCAUUGCCCAAUCAUAGUUAUGCUCACUCGGUUGGUCGACAACUAUAAGACUGUUAAAUGCGGGGACUAUUUUCAAGCCGAAGAUAGACCUAGAGAAUUUGGCAGUAUAUCUGUUAUGACAAAAUGGGUAAAGACUACUGAUACUUCAUUAAUGUUGCGGAAUCUUGAGGUUAACUACAAGGAGACAGAGGAUCAGCCUAUGUCAGUUUUGCAUAUUCAAUAUCCGGAAUGGCCUGAUCAUGGAGUUCCCAAGGAUACUGUGGCUGUCCGUGACAUUCUAAAAAGACUGUAUCAAGUACCGCCUAGUCUCGGCCCAAUCAUUGUACACUGCAGUGCAGGUAUAGGAAGAACAGGAACAUAUUGUGCGAUACAUAACACAAUCCAGAGAAUUCUUGCUGGCGAUAUGUCUGCAUUGGAUCUUGCUAAAACCGUGGCAACAUUCCGCAGCCAACGCAUUGGCAUGGUCCAAACCAUGGAUCAAUACUUCUUUUGCUACAAUGCCAUUGUUGAUGAAUUAGAAGAUCUAACUGUGGGGACAAAUGCUGGAACAAGUUCAUAAAGCUGAAUGCUACAUUGUCUUGUGGUCAUCUGCAUAGAAGGGGUAAAGAGGAAGAUGCUUUUAUACGCAAAUGUAUCUAAUCAUCUUCUUAACCUGACUAUGGAGAAACCGGUGUGGAUGGAUCGAUCAUCUUGUAGUGUCUCUUGUGAAAAAGAGUCUUUUUGAGACUCUUCGAUUUCUGUAAAUUUCCAGAUGUGAUGAAAAGUUGUUUUUUUUUCGAACUUAUGCUGUGGAAGUGCUGACUAAAGAAGCAAAUGAAAUGCCAAGAUUGUUUUAAAAGACUAGAAAUUGAAUCGGUUUGAUUUGGUUGGAGCUGAAUACAAUUUACUUGUUUUCACUAAA